GCAGGCAGGGAGCAGGCAUGGGUUUGAAAAGGAUACUCAAGCCUGGCAGUGGCAGGGGCGCACUGUAGUUGAAGGAAACUGGAUAUUUCUACUAUAGCCGUCAACGCCAACCGAUAACCUCCGACUAAUUUUGUCCUUCAGGAUUAGGCUUUAUCAGGUAGACCCAGGUUUGAGGAUUUUCCUUGUUGGUAAUUAGAAGAGAGAACUUUUCCAUGACAGCUUGCUGUGCAUAAGUGAGGUGUGUUCUUCAUUUCUAAUCAAUCAGUAGCAUUCACUUUGGUGCUGGGCUAUAAACUAACCAAUGGCGAUUGAGGGGGGCCAAGAUGGACAGCGUCAGGAAAAAGUUGUCUUGAAGAGGAAGUUGACUGGUCCACCCAGACUCCUCCUGGGCAAAUCAAAAUCCAACAACCAGGGAGGUGACAGGUCUGAGGCUCAUUCUAAGAAGAGAAACAAAAGAGUGAACAUCAUCAAUGGAACUCAAAUGGAUUCCUCCAUCAAACAGUCAAAUAUAGAAGCUGGAGAGACGGGAUCAUCACAACUUGUAGCCACUUCAGACGACAUCUGUACAACCUCAAAAAUGGAUGAGGAUCAAGCUUCAUCUGAACUACCCACUGAGCCCUCAAGGUGGCGCUCCACCUCAGAUGAGGAUGAGACCAGUGAAGGCCAAUUGGAAGGACACAGUAAGACGAGGAAAUCAACAAAGCAUGGCUGGAGAAGGUUAUUUUCCCCGGCUCUCAUUUGCGUCAGAAGACAAAGGAAGAAGUACGCUGCAAAAUCUUCGAUCCAGGAUGGUGACCAGGGAGUUGUACAAGCUGAGAGACUAACUCAUACUGAAGCAAAGUCAAUGGGAGAAGACCCCAUCUCCUUGAGUGACAAGUGUGUCCGCAAUGCUCCUGACAUUGACAAUGUCAUGAAAAGGAGGCGCAGGUUUACCAUCCGGACGUGGCCGACCUUCAAGCGGCUCUUGACACCGUCUUACGUCCGCGGCCAAAGGCCAAAACAGGGAAAUGUUGUACAGGAGGUCUCUGAAGAUGUCCAACAACAACCGUCAGUGACCUUCAGGAAGACAUUUCAGCAUUUUUUGAUGUGUGGAAGAAGGGCACCUUCAGCUGUGCUCCCUCUGGGAGACAAGGACACCCAGGACACUGGAGACAAGGACACCCAGGACCCUGGAAACAAGGACACCCAGGACACUGGAGACAAGGAGACUGAGGUGGAGCCAAUGGGGACACAAGACACGGGACAACAGUGCACAUCUGACAUCCAGGGGGUUGAGCUUCUGGAAAAGGGGGCUGAGGUUAGAGGACAAUGUACAGAGAGAGUGACAGUGUGUGCCGAAGUGAGCGCCCUGCAGCCCGAGGACGGAGGCCCAACAGACACCCCAACGAGCCCAGAGUCCCUACUAGUGAGUCCCAUCCCGACAAGCGUUGUAAGACCAGAGGUAGAUACAGAAGACACAGUGACCAGUCCAACGGAUGAUUCAAAGGAAAUAGAGAUAUUGGAACCUGAGACUUCUUUCAAAACUAAGUUAUGGGAAACUGAGACUUGUGCCAAAACUGGCACAGACUCAAAUCUCAGUGAGGUCAUCAAUGUUACCAUGGAUGCUAACGAGAUGCGAGUAGAUGAGCUGUAUCAUAUCCAGUGUUUAGAGAAGGACAAGGUCAUUGAGUCAGACUGUGCGAUAAUCGAUACACUCAACAGCGUUGCCAUGGACACUAAUGAGUAUCCCUCAGACUCAAAUCAGAUAAUUUCUUUAGAGAAUGCUGCCGAGGACGCUGCUGAUGCAUCUGAGGAGAAUGACACGCUCUGCAGGAUCACGGAAGAUAACAUUGUGCAGAAUGGCCAGCCCUCGACCAACAUCAGCAUCACCCCCGGGGCUGACUCAGACCAGGAUGUGUCCGACCAGGAUGGCCAUGAGGUGGGGGAUGAAAGCGGCAAGAGUGGCCUCCUGACGGAGGACGACCAGGACUUGUUGUUGUGUGGAGAGAACCUGUUAGUGCAGACGGCUCGCUUCUUGGUCCAGGCAGCCAUGAGGGCUGCCAUGGAGCAGCUCUCGAUGGAACAGAGAGGCACUCCCACCACUGUACACAGGGAGGCGCAAGGGAGUCGAGAUCACGCUUGACACCCCCUUCCGGCAUGUUGUGACAACACGUAUGUAUGACCCCAUUUGGAUCAGCAGAGUUGCGUUCAUUACGGCAGACAGUGGAAAAUGUUUGAAAACAUUUUGCAACAGAAAAUAAAAAUGUGAGUUUCUUAUUGAACCAGUAGUUUCUGUUUCAAUCCGUUUUCUUCCGUUUUGUGUCUAAUGAACACGACCCAGGAUUAUUGAGAAAAUAUAUAUUUUUAAAUUAGACAAGUAUACAUUUGUAAACCACUUUUAAAGUUAUUGUUGGUUACAACUUGUUGUUAACAGACCAAACUGCUGUUGUUCAUAUAAAUCUAAACCAGAGAACCGUAUUGACACAAUACAUUUUUACAAUAUAUUCUCUUAUAUUGUACAAGAGGUGGCACUCAAUUUUAACAAUUACCAUCACAAACAUUUUAACUGUUCAGUGUGACUGUGUUUUGAAAAUGGUGGAACUAAGUGCUCUAUUCAAUCCAUAUCGCAGAAAUUCAGCGUUAUUGUGUGAUUGAAUUUUCAAGGCAAUGUUCCCGCGUUAGCGGAGACUGCAUUCUCAGUAAACUGCAUAUGUCACCUCAAUCGGAAAUUACCUUUACAUUUCUAGCGCACAAUCUGUAGCGCUUCAGUGAUACAGAUUAAAUAUAGUCCUUAUACCUCAAUUACGGUUUAUUUACCUAUAGAACUGAAAGUCUCAGAUUCUCAGAUAAAAUGUAUCUGUUAAUUUGAAUAAGUUAUAGUUCUUAAAAAUCUGAGAUCCGCGAUACGGAAACAGCUCCACUGGCCACCCCAGGCGUAUUUGUUAUUGUUUUUGUUUUGAGCCAAUGAGCAACCAGCAUCGUGGUACAUUACUCUGCUGUUCUAUCGCAAGCGCAAUGACGUGUAACGAUGUCAGAGGGGGGAAAAAACAGUGCUGGUUGUUGAUGUAACGUCAUUGUCACAAAUGGACACGGCAGUUUCACCGCUACCGAUUCCAAUUUUAAUUAAUCAAACAUUUGAUGAUGUAUUUAAGAUAUGGUGAUUAUUUCACACGAUGAAAGUCUUAGGCUCUUAUUGAAUAGUGGCUUGCCUUCUGGUUGCUGUUUAAUAGAUGUUUAAGCAUACAUUGCUCAGUUAAAAAGCUUUCUCUCUUAUGUGUAUAGAGACUAUACAACGCUUAGCAUUACACCUGUAACUUGUCAUAAGAAAAUAUUAGGUACCCUAGUCCGAAUAGAACUCUGUGCUGUCGUUUUUCUGUGUGAAUGUCAUUCUGUCAUGGGAAAAUAAUGAUUAAACAGUUUGAGACCUGGUGUAUAUGGAUAAAUACAACCUAGUCUCCAGGUGGCUAUUUGCUGUCAUUCUGUCAUCAUAGCUUGACCUCCUGGACUUCAGAGAAGAUUUGCAGUAUUUGGAAACAAGACCAGCAAACAUCUGUCUUGGUGCAGCACAACAUUCAAUAUAUGGAGGCUCGCUGGUUUCCCAAAGGCCUCUUUUAGAGGUGGGGGACUGUGAGGCAAACAGCAAUGACAUCAUUAGAGGUGGAUACCAGGCUCUCUUAACCAAAACAAUGUGUAAUCCAAUAAUAUGAGCCAACUCUCUGAUAUGACCAUGAGCAGUAUGUCCUGUAUGUGUGAUCACCCCCUUGAGAUCUGGCUACGGAGUUAAUCACUUCAGAGGAGUGAAGGGUGUUGACAGUCUUUUAAUGUGACGGGUGAGGAUUAAUUCAAUUGUGAGGAGAAAAAUGACCUUUUCUAAUUGAGUUAUGUGAGUAAUAUCUGGUUGAUUUGCUGUUGUUUUAUGUUAAAUGUGUAUAACGUGCUGGUGGAUAUUUAUUUAUGAAUAUAACUAUAUUUUCUGUUUGAAAACGGUCACCAAUUAAAUGAUCGGACAGACAUGCAUAAUCUCACUCCCGAUCUACCUAUUUUUAGCUUCAACAUGUGAACAUGAUCUUCCCCAGUGAAGCCUGCAGUGUGUUUCUAUAGCAAUAGAGCUAUCUUAUAUUUCAUUAUAACCUACCUAUCAUCAAGAAACGACCAAUUUGAAGCAUUACAGUUCUGUUUAGUUUCUCAGUUUCUUCUCAUCAUGUUUCUUCUCUGUUAAUUAAGGCACAAUAAUAAUUUGCCAUUUGAUUGGGAGGGUGGGGUACUACUUAUUGUUCUUACAGCCUCGGCUUAAUCUUACUUUAUGGCAGAUUGUAACAAUGUAUUUUUGGACAUUUUGUUAUUAUCACAAGUAAGAGUUUGAUGGGUUCCAGCACUAGCUGUCCUAUAUUAAAGUAGAAUAUACUUAACCUAGUGCUUGAGAGAGAAUUGUGCUGUCUCAGAGCCAUCUGUCAGUUUUAAUAUUUUAAUGUUGAGCUCCAGAGGGAUACAUAAAACAUUCUGUGUAGCUGUUCCAUUAACCUGCUUCACUCCCAAUUCUCCACCCUUUUCCAGAAGUGUGUACUUGCACACUCCCCAUAAUGGAUUUAAAAGCACAUGAUUGGUGUAAGCAUUGGCUUGGAGGGAGUUUCCACCUUUGUUAAAUCCAUGUCGGGAACGUGUGCAAGUGCACACUUGUGGAAAAGGGUGGAGAAUGAAAAUUGUGACGCAGACCAAUAAGCACCGGGUAGAAGAGAUGCCUGAUGGUACCUUCUGGGGAUGUGUCCUUCAGCUCUUAAGUGUCCUCUGGUGGUAAGAAGUUGUUACUACAAGAACAGGGAACAUAAAGCCUGGUUCCAGAAAUGUUGCUGUUCUUGCUUACUCAUUUGCAGUCCUUGUCUAGCGAAGUUUGGCAUGACAAUGAGUGACAAGGAGUCGGCAUGAUAUAACACAAACAGACUGGCACUCAGGCUAGGGAACAUACUAGGUGUGCUCUAUAAAUUGAGCUGUGUUGAGAUUCUCCAACCUUCUCUAAGUGUGUCCUACUUUCUCUGUCCUCACUGGUUUAAAAACAUUGUAUUGGUGUAAUCAUAGGCUGAUUGAAGUUACCACUGUAAAUCUUGCUUUUACUUCCAUGAGUGAGUGAACGUGUUUUUACACUUCGGGGAUAAGGGUAGAGCAUGGGACUAAAGCAGUGGAGGCUGCUGAGGGGAGGACGGCUCAUAAUAAUGUCUGGAACGGAGUCAAUGGAAUGGCUUCAAACACAUUGAAACUAUGUGUUUGAUACCAUUCCACUUAUACCACUCCAGCUAUUACCAUGAGCCCGUCCUCCUCAAUUAAGGUGCCACCAACCUCCUGUGGAAAACAGCCAUUGUAUUUAGACACUGGUGUGUGUGUAACAUUUACCUCAUCGCAAUUACAUGCAGCAUUAAACAAACAGAAAUAGUGAGAGGGAAAGGAAUUCUGAAUUGUAAACAUACCUAUCAAUGAGACGAGUUGCAUGAGACAAUCUGUUAAAAAAUAUAUUUAUUUACAAAACAUUUUCCAUGUAUGGAAAAGUGACACAGAUGAAAGAAAACAUGAAACCACAGCCACGUGGUAACGACAAAGUGUAUGACAAAGUGGAAAAGCCAUAGUAGAGUAGCAAACUGAAACAUACCAGAGGUCACACACACCAACAGGAUAGAAUGGAAACAAACCCAGAAAGGUCAAUUUGAUAAUCCUAGGUUUAUAACUGUCUAUCGCAGUACAUACAGGUUCCUGGUUCGACAUUACACACUCUGAUAGCCAUUGCCACAUAUCCGUCAAAUAUGAAUCUACAAUCGCACAAUCAUAAAGCUUUAGAGGACUAAAUAAGUUCAGAGUAUCUCUUUUAGUCACUUCUACUGUUGCCUGGCUACCCGGACUCUUUGCUCCGGCCAAACACUACGCCACGCCCACAGACUUUAGUUUUUUUCUCCGCCAUGAGUCUGGAUCUGAGUACCUCCCCAACCCUCCACCCUUUACCAAAUGCGAAUACUUUGUUUUGUACAAUGCCCCUCGUCACCAAAAACAACUUCAAUGAUGGCAGUCUCAGAUUGAAGUAUGUAGCCAACGACAGAGCAGCGGAAGAACUUAGUGUGAGUCGUCAGGCUACUUCUACUCAUGUUAGCCUGUUAUGAGCUAAAAUAAGUCCUUCCUCUUAAGUUGUCAAGGAUUUUUAAUUUUUAUUUAACUAGGCAAGUCAGUUAAGAACAAA